AAGUCAGUGAAAGGUAAAACCUUAAAAUCUAAGUUUAAGCUCAUACAGAGAGAGAGAGAGAGAGAGAUAUGAGCGAGGACCCGAAAAAGAACAUUGGAGGUGCUGUAAUGGCGAAACCCAACUUCGAAGAUCGAAAGGCAUCAUCACUAUCAGGCUCACCAGUUCCUACGAAGAAAGUGAUAAUCAAGAGUGCUGAUAUGCUCCCCGACAUGCAAAAGGAGGCCGUUGAUAUCGCCGUAGCCGCCUUUGAGAGGCACAAUGUAGAGAAAGAUGUUGCCGAGAAUAUAAAGAAGGAGUUCGAUAAGAGGCAUGGACCCACUUGGCAUUGCAUCGUUGGUCGCAAUUUUGGUUCAUAUGUGACUCAUGAAACAAACCACUUUGUCUAUUUUUAUUUGGAUCAGAAAGCAGUUUUACUUUUUAAGUCUGGCUAGCCAUAAUCUGAUGGUGACAAAAAGGUUAACAGCUACAGGAGUUGUCUUGUGAUUAUGCUGCUAUAUUAACUCUUGUAUGUAUUAAAUCCACUGGCAACGCAAACUCUUUGCAGGACAUUCUUGUGUUUGUAUAUCCAAUGUCAUGGAAACUGGUUCUCAAGUUUGGAUAUGAAUCAUAUUCUUAAUCUUUGUGUUUCCCCUUGUGUUCUAUAUCAUUUGUUUGUU